AUGGCCCUCCUCGCCCUCCUGCUGCCCCCGACGAGAGCGUGCGCGGCCUCAGAUCAGAUACAGGCAUUCCAGUUCGCCCUCUCCACCGCCCUCCCCGUCCUCCCCGUCGCAUACACCUGCCCCUCCCCGCUGCAAGUGUCCAGGACCAGCUACAGCAAUGCAAAGACAGACGAUCCCAAGCCACCAUACAGCAUGGUCGCCCUCGUCCAUGAGCAGCUGUACGACGCUGCGGGCAUGCAGUAUGAACGGGUGUACUCUGUCACCGUCGGCCUGGGACAGCUCGACAAGGUGACAGAGGUCGCUCAUCCGUGGGGCAAUGGCACGCAGUUUAUCGCCUGCAUGUGGUCAGCCAACGCUGUCUCUGGCGGCUGCCAAGACUUGUUCACAGUCGUCCCCAGUGCCGACCUCACCGCCGCUGCUUACCAAAGCACCUCAUCCACCUGCCGCACGCCCAACGUGCUCGAGUCGUGGGUCACCCCUGCAAACGAGACACUCGAUGUGUCUGUCACAGGCGUGUCUGGCGACCUUGCCAUCAACGCCUGGCCUCCUGCUUGUGCGACAGGCUCGGAUAUCCAGUUCACACCCAAAAACGGCACAGCCCCCUACACUCUCCUCAUCGCCCCCGCCGCACACCCUCCGCUCAACAUUACCUCCUCAGACGCGGCACCCAUGAACUAUACAGUCCGUCUCACGCACGGCCAAGCAUUCAUGGCCGCCUUGUACGACAGCGCUGGUAAUUCAUGGGCUUAUGGACCGUUACAUGCAGGGUACAGUGAUGAUGUCAAAUGUCUUGGGGUGGCUACCGGCGAAGAGGUAGAUGACCCUGCCGCAGGGUAUGGGUUGGGAGCGUUGGUGGGAGGGGUAGCGGGGGCGUUCGUCGUCGGAGCGCUCGGUGCUGGGCUACUCUUCUUCUUUCUCUUUCGCCGGCCGAGUCGACCUAAACGCUCCGAAUCCACAGAAGACCUCUACGCCAACCCCCGUCCAUACCGUACCUCCUCCCACCACACCACCCACUCCAACACCGCCAGCCUGUACACCAAAUCCCUCCUGCCCAACGAUACACCCGAAUUCGAUACCCCUGCUACCCUGUACGAUCCGCAUAUGGCUGGGCCCGGCGGGUAUCCGCAGGGGCAUGUGAAGCGAGGUUCGGCGGGGACGGUGGGGACGCAGGGGAGGGAGAGUAUCUCGUCUCUGAGGCCUUUUCCUCGUCCGCCUUUACACCAACGCUCUUCGUCGGGCGAGUAUGUCAACCCGUACACCCCAUCUCCGCCUCAAGGUGGAAACUACCGCGACAACAUCAUCCUUGCCGACUUUGGCGCUGGGCAGAGAAGAGGGAGUGGGUCACCGAGGAGUAUGGUGCGUCCAGUCGAAGGGGACAAUGGGCAUUCACAAGAAACGUCCUACUCCUCCCGCCGAUCUGCGCCGGUACCGGGCAUCUCUCCGAGAUUACCAGCAAGCCCAGGUCCAUCCUCCCACGGCCGCUUCCCCUCUGCCCCAGCACCAUCCUCCCCAAUCCCCCGAUUCGAUCCAUUCAACCCUCCCACCCAACCUCUCCCGCCUACCCCAUUCCUUCAACACCAAAAUCGCUCGGGGUCGUUCCAUUCUCUUCCAGGAGUAGGGGAAAGCCCACCGGCCUCGCCGGGGAGGAUGAGGAAUGUCUAUGUCGUGCAUGCAGAUGGAGGCGCAGGUGCAGACGUGACGAUCCAAUUACCAGGCCCAAAUCCCCACACCCACAUCAUCGAGCUCCCACCAAAUUACCGUCGUACCCCCUCCCCACCCCGAUCAUCGCCUUCCCUCACGCCGCUUAUGCCGGGGGGAGAUGAUUUCUCACCGCCGCCGUUGAGAGGAGGCGGAGAGUUGCAUUUGGUUAGGUCGAGGGCGAGCGCGUUGAGUGGGUUGAGUGUACAGACGGGGACGGGGGAUAUGGGGGCGGAUGAGUUGAGGGCGAGGGCGGAGGCUGCUAUCGCUGAAAAAGAUCGACCGCUUUGA